GUUUUCUUCCAAAGUAUUGUUUACUGUGUUGGACUCGGGCAGAGAGAAAGAGAGAAGAACGCGUAGCAGAGAGCACAGCACAGCUCCGAUAUUGAAGGAGGCGAAGUUUUUGUAUGUGUUGUUGGCCUUCGUAGAUCUGGAUAAAUGACAGAUGUAUCAACCAAAGACUGUUCCUAAUUUAAGUCUAGUUGGCAGCAGUUUAUUAGUUCAUGGGCAGCAUUUAGAUUGUGGUGGUAGUUCAAUGGAUCCUCUCAAUGGAGGUAACAAUCCUGCUAAUAACUCUAAUCUCAGCUCAAAGCAACGUUUACGCUGGACACAUGAGCUGCAUGAACGUUUUGUUGAUGCUGUGGCACAACUUGGCGGGCCAGAUCGUGCCACACCUAAAGGUGUCCUCAGAGUUAUGGGUGUGCAAGGCUUAACAAUAUAUCAUGUCAAAAGCCAUUUACAGAAAUAUCGACUUGCAAAAUACCUCCCCGAUUCAUCAUCUGAUGGAAAAAAAGCUGAAAAGAAGGAAACAGGCGACAUGCUUUCCAAUCUAGAUGGCUCUUCUGGUGGGAUGCAAAUUACUGAAGCACUGAAGCUACAAAUGGAGGUGCAGAAACGAUUACAUGAGCAAUUAGAGGUUCAGAGACAACUUCAACUGCGUAUAGAAGCACAGGGUAAAUACCUGAAGAAGAUAAUCGAAGAGCAGCAGCGGCUCGGCGGGGUUCUAUCAGACUCGCCUUGCUCGGGGGUUGAUGCUCCAGCAUCAGCUGAUGCAUGUCAGGAACCAGAGAAUAAGACUGACCCGGCUACCCCAGCUCCAACCUCUGAGUGCCCCCUCCUAGACAAAGCUGGAAAAGAACGCGCCCCAGCAAAGAGUCUGUCUAUCGAUGAAUCGUUUUCAUCUCACCACGAACCGUUGACUCCGGAGUCUGGUUGCAAUGCCGGCUCGCCUAUUGACAGCCCAAGAGGGGAGAGACCGAUGAAGAAGCACCGGGUGAGCAUGGAGGGAGCAUAUUCUAAAUCAGAAAUGAUGCUCCCACAUCAAAUACUGGAGUCAAGCAUGCCAUCAUACCAGCAGUCAAACGAUGUUUUCCUUGCCGGAGAGCAGUUUGAUCCUUCAUUGGGUAUGUCUACGAGAAGUGAAGAGGCGUUACAAAAGGUUGGUGGCAGCAAUCUGUGAUUCAGUGCAAUGUGCAGUAAACUAGAACUGAAUUUUAUUGCCCUUUCUUAGUUUAGUUUCUCGAGUUGAUGUACUUCUUGAAGGAUCAAGGAGCCUGUGCACUUCAGAUGCUCUCUGUUUAUUGGGUUUAAGUUCCAAGCUUGACUAAAUUCCCGGCUUUUAUUUUCACUUGGAGAGAAGAAUUUGAAUCAAAUCCAUCUUAAUCAUCGAAUCA